UUGCAUAGGGGAGAAAGGCUGGACAGGAUGAAGCCGGGGGAGGACAAUUGGCGGGGUGGGAAAGGAACGAUUUUGCUCUAAUUCCUCCUGGGGAGCGAUGUGGCUUUUCUUGCAGAGAAGGCUGUUGCCUGUAAGAAAUCGAAGGGCCUGCAAGCUCUUCUGCAGGUUAUAUUGCCAGGCUGCAAAGAGGGACACCAUCUUUGCCUUGUCUUCUGGCCAAGGAAAAUGUGGAGUGGCUGUGAUUCGAACCAGUGGCCCAGCUAGCUGUUCAGCCUUGCUCUGCAUGACCGGGACAAAGAAGCCCCCACCUCCAAGAAAAGCUACUUUACGUAGGAUCUGUGAUCCCAGCUCUUCUGAAAUCCUGGACCGGGGCCUUGUACUAUGGUUCCCAGGACCAGGUAGUUUCACAGGCGAGGACAGUAUUGAGUUCCAUGUGCAUGGUGGCCCAGCGGUGGUAAGCGGCGUCUUGAAUGCUUUGGGUGCACUUCCUGAGCUGCGCUUUGCUGAACCUGGAGAAUUCACCAAACGGGCUUUCCAGAAUGGCAAGCUAGAUCUCACAGCAGCUGAAGGCCUCGGAGACCUGAUUCAUGCUGAGACGGAAAGCCAGCGUCGGCAGGCUUUACGUCAGAUGGAUGGGGAAUUGGGUCAGCUCUAUCAGCGCUGGACUGACACCCUCACAAAGACCCUGGCUCAUCUGGAGGCCUACAUCGACUUCAGUGAAGAUGACAAUAUUGAGGACAAUGUCCUUGCUCAAGUGGAAAACGCUGUCAAUGCCUUGGAGAAGGAGCUGAGGGAGCAUUUGCAAGAUGGCCGCCGCGGGCAGAGGCUGCGGGAUGGGGUCCACAUAGUCAUUGCAGGACCUGCUAAUGCUGGAAAGAGCAGCCUUCUCAACCAGUUGUGUCAGAAGCCAACUGCUAUAGUCUCUCCGGUGGCAGGGACCACGCGAGAUGUGAUAGAGACUGCCUUGAACAUUGGCGGCUUCCCUGUGGUGCUGAGUGACACGGCAGGCCUGAGAGAGACCAUAGAUGUGGUUGAGAUGGAAGGAGUGAGCCGGGCUCGGCAAAGGGUCCACGAUGCUGACCUUGUUCUAGUCAUUUUGGAUGGGAAAGUAGCAGCAGAAAAGCCUGACUACUUAACGAUGUCCAUGGUAGAUGUCCUGUCUCCCAACGAGCCAAAUGAGAUGCAGCCUUGCCUUCUGGUUCUAAACAAAAUGGACCUCCUCGGAGAAGAAGACCAAGCAGAUCUCCUGAGGGCUUGUGACAGACUUGGUGUAGGCCCUGCCUGCUUGUUGUCCUGCAAAACUGGAGAUGGGAUUGUGGCUUUCCUGAAUGCAUUGCAGGAGCAGCUGGCACACAUGUGCGGAGAUCCCCGAACUGGUUCCCCCAGUCCAACGCAAGCACGUCACCAGCUCAGCUUGCAGAAGUGCUUGGAGGCCCUCAGAUGCUUUGCCGAGUACCAGCUUACUGAUCUGGUGUUGGCUGCAGAGCAGCUGCGACUGGCACGGCGACAGCUAGGGCGGCUGACCGGCCAAGUGGGCACCGAAGAGCUCUUGGCAAUCAUCUUCAAGGACUUCUGUAUUGGCAAGUAAAGGAAACCCACCAGCUAUGAACUAGUCGUCAGCACAUGACGCCAUCCAGAGGCUGAAGGUGGUUCUGCACUUAUAACGCUUGUGGAAGAUGAAGGGAGAAACUGCCGUGGGAGCUUUAUUUAAGGCAGUGUGUUUCAAACUUGGCAAAUUUAAGACGUGGAGACUUCAACUCCCAGGAUUCUCCAGCCAAGUUUGAAAAAACACUGAUUUAGGGUUAGUAGCUGCACUGGUGGUGAUAAAGAGAGGAUUUUGGCAGAAAGAUAGAAGACAUGUUGAAGUGGUUCCACCAAAUGUAAUAAUCAGCCUCUCCCACUAAAUUUAAGUGGCUCCCACCAACUUUACAGUCUAAUAUCUUCUGAAUUAAACAGUUAUCUCAACAAUUAUCUGAAGGAAGGAAGAACUGAAUUGUAUUCAGGACAAAUCGUCACAAAAGGGAUCAGGCAAAUUCAUGAAAAUAGUUGAGUUUAUUAGUAGGUUUCCUGUGGGUAGCAAACAAACAACAUCACUCAGCAGCAUUGUACACAUGAAUAUUAAAUGCUGGGGAUGAAAGAAAA